AUGGAGGCCGUGGGCGCCUGGGGCCCUGCACGGGCGGCUGCCUGGCUCCGAGGGCUGGACGUGGCCGUGCAGGGGUACCCCUUCGAGGCCUGGGGGCUGUCAGGGCCCGAGCUGCUGCGGCUGUCAGCCACCACGCUGGAGGCGCUGGGCGUGCGGCCCUUGGGGCACCAGGAGCUGCUGCUGGAGGCCGUGGAGCAGCUCCGAGCCCUGGAUGCGGGGCUGGCCAGCACCAGCCUGCGAACGCUGACGGAGAGGCUGCGGGAGCUGGCGCAGGGCACCCAGAGCCUGGUGCUGGAGGGGCCGCCGGCGGGAGCUGCCCCCCGGCCACCCUCCCUCGCUCUGCUGGCCCGUGUCGUCGACCUGGUCGGUGCUGCCAAGGGGCUCUUCUCCUGGCUCAACAGGUACCUCUUUUCCACCCUCAAUGACUUUUCGGCCAGCCGGGACAUCAUCCUGCUCUGUGCUCAGCUGGCAGAGACGCUGCAGGCGGGCCACCUCGCAGCAGAGAGGGACAGACAGAUCCUGUGGAUUUGCCAACACAUUGAGGGCAUCUGCGAGAGCAUCCUGGCCUGCAGCCCCCCGGCGCUGCUGGACCGCAGGGCUGUGCUGGAGCGUGUGGAGCUGGUGCUGGCCCCCAGCCUGCAGGGCAGCCCUCCAACAUCACCUGACACCCCGAUGCUCCCACCCAGCCCAUGGGGGAGCCCCCCACCAUCCCCUGACACUGUGAAGCUGUCCUCUGAAACCCUGGGAAACCCCCCAGCGCUCUCCACUGCCCCUCUGGGCUUUGAGAUCACCUCCACUGGCUCCUGCCUGCACUUUGUGUCUGCCAUCACCUCAGAGGCCCAGGCUGCCCAUGGGGGCUGCAUCCUGCCCGGGGACGAGAUCGUGCAGGUCAAUGAGCAGGUUGUGGUGGGUUGGAGCCGUGUCAACCUGGUGAAAAAGCUGCUGGAGAAGGAGAAUGGGAUGACACUGGUGCUGAAGAAGAUCCCUCUCGACCUGCCCAGCUCACCCCUCUCUCACAGACAGCAGCUCCCAGGAGCCUUUUUGGACCCUGCAGGUCCCUCCAGCACCAGGAACGGCGAGUGCCCAUGCAGCCCUGUGUCCCUGACUUCCAGCGCUGCUGCCGCCGACUUGGACUCUGGGCCGGACUCGGUGCCAGACCCCGUCACCGACGAAGAGGAGGGAGAGGACAAGUGGGACUCAAGGCCGCCUGGGGAGGCUGUGGGGAAGCUGCCAGGGCUGCCCAGCCACGGUGCUGCAGAGGAGGAGGCAGCGUGGGAAGGGGGCACUCUGCCAGGCACCCCCGCUGCUGCCCAACCCUGUGCCACGGAGCUCAGCCCCACGGCAGCCCCUGAUGUGGGGGCAGGAGGUGCAGAAGCCGGUCAGCUCCCUGUGGAGGGCAGCCCCCAGACGGGACGCAGACCGAAAGGAGUGGCGACCAGGCUGAGCCGCCGGCGGGUCUCGUGCCGGGACCUGGGCCGGGUGGACUGCAAUGGCUGGCUCCUGAAGAAGAAGGACCACGUGGGCUUCAUGGCCCAGAAGUGGAAGAGGUGCUGGUUUGUGCUGAAGGGCCACACACUCUACUGGUACCACAACCCCAAUGAUGAGAAAGCUGUAGGACUCAUCAAUGUGGCCACCUAUGACCUGGAGAGCACGAGGGAGCAGAAGAAGAAGUAUGUGUUCCAGCUCUCCCAUCAGAAGUACAAGCCUUUUGUCUUUGCUGCAGAAACACUGGCUGAUUUGAGCAUGUGGGUCAGUCGCCUGGUAACAGCCAAAACAAAGUACACACUGGCCCACCAGCCAGUCCCGGACAGGGAGGAAGACUGCUACAGUGAGACAGAGGCUGAGGACCCUGAUGAUGAGUCUCCCAGGCAUGGAUGUGACCUUCCAAGGAAGAGGCUGCAGAACACCCCAGAGAAAGCCAACCUCUUCGCAGCUGGCAGCGAGCCCAGCAGCACGGCCAGCAGCCCCCAGGGCAGCCCCCGGCCCUGCUCACCUGCAGACCCCGCUGGGGAGGACCUGGAGAGCCUGAUGCAGUGCCUGAAGCAGGGUGGGGUGUCCCUCCUGGGGCGGCAGCGGUUCCUCACGCAGGAGCAGUGCCGCAAGUCCUUCAUCCGCCGCAACAAGAACCCCCACAUCAACGAGAAGGUGCACGUGGUGCGGGCCCUGCAGAGCACGCUCAAGGCAAAGCUGGUGGAGCUGCAGGCCCUGGAGCAGCUGCUCAGCGAGGCCACCAUCACCUCGGAGAAGUUCACAAGGUGGAAGGAAGAGCACCAGGAGCUGUACCAGGAGCUGCAGGAGUGGGGGGCACAGCACAAGUGCCAGGACAGUGAUGGGGAGCUCGGGGCUGAGUGCAGCCCCCCCAGAGAAGCAGCCGAACCCUGACACCCCACCGGGACCAGCAGCGUGAAAUCGCUGCCGAUAAACCUGAGGGUGCUGCGGGAGCAGAUGAUGGGAGUACAACGGUACUGUUGGAGACUCAGGCCCCAGCAUGGACGUGCUGCAUCAGUGGCUUCUGCUCCAUCCCCCGUCCCGGGGCGGGACGCUGCAGGGACCGGCCCGCUUCCCGCUUUCCUCAAGGACGUUUUGUCUUGUUUGCAACGGCGCCGGGAGCGGCCCUGGCUGUCAAUAAAGCCGUGUCGA